AUGAGCGGGCUUCUACCCCUCUUCGGCGAGCCACCCACCUUUGUGCAGGGUGCGAAGGCUACUUUGGGGGCGUCAGGUGGGGUGAAGCGCCUCUGUUGCAAGGGUGUAGCAAGCAGCGGUGGGCUUUCGAGUUGCGCGAUUCUGAACCACGCCAGUGGGAUCGCGUCGAGGGGCUGUAAUGGCUGCUACGCCACCGGCGACCCUUACCCCACGCCGCCGCAGAACAAGUGGAUAACCGAGCUUGCCGAGGCCAACACACACGCUAGCGUCGAUCCAAACCUUGACACACCACCGCCACCACCGGCGAACGCAGCCUGCACCGGCCAAUGUCCCCCCGCAAACUGCCCCCGCAAAUGCUGUCGAGCUUGGCAGAGUGGAAGUAGUCGCAUGACCUGCCGAUCCGGGAAUCUCGCUGCCCCUUUGGGCUGGGACACUGGCUUCCCGUUUCCUCAUAUGCAGCGUCGAGGAGCCAUGACACAUCGCAGUCGAAGCCGUUACAACUGCGACGCCCACUUUGGCAUCAACCCACUGCGCCGACACUCGGAUGGCUUGAACUUCACUUGA